CUUGUUUGCCCCGCCCAUGUACGCUUGGCAGUCGCAUUACCAUCUUGCACAGAUCGUCGGACCAGGACGCUGCAGGCACUUGCAUAUUGUAGGAUUAUCUGACGAUGCUGAGCCUGAAGCAGCUGCCCAGCGCGCGCUGCGCCGCUCGUCCCGUCCGUCCGGUUCGCAGGAUGGUUGCUGCCCAGGCUUCAGCGCGGCCGAUUGCCACCAACGAGCAGAAGCUGGAGCUGCUGAAGAAGGUGGAGUGCUUCAUCUUCGACUGCGAUGGCGUCAUCUGGCUGGGCGACAAGGUCAUUGAGGGUGUGCCGGAGACCCUGGACAUGCUGCGUGGCAUGGGCAAGAAGGUGUUCUUCGUGACCAACAACUCGACCAAGUCGCGCGCCGGUUACAUGUCCAAGUUCCAGUCCCUGGGCCUCAACGUCAAGGCGGAGGAGAUUUACUCGUCCUCCUACGCGGCGGCCGCAUACCUGGAGUCCAUCAACUUCAACAAGAAGGUGUACGUGAUCGGCGAGACCGGCAUCCUGGAGGAGCUGGACCUCAAGGGCAUCCGCCACGUGGGCGGCCCGGGCGACGCCGACAAGAAGGUGACGCUCAAGAGCGGCGAGUUCAUGGAGCAUGACCACGACGUGGGCGCGGUGGUUGUUGGUUUUGACCGCUACGUCAACUACUACAAGAUCCAAUACGCCACCCUGUGCAUCCGCGAGAACCCCGGCUGCAUGUUCAUCGCCACCAACCGCGACGCGGUGACUCACCUCACGGACGCGCAGGAGUGGGCGGGCAACGGCUCCAUGGUGGGCGCCAUCGUUGGCAGCACCAAGCGCGAGCCCAUCGUGGUGGGCAAGCCCUCGGACUUCAUGCUCAAGAACAUCAGCGCCAGCCUGGGGCUGCGGCCCGACCAGAUCGCCAUGGUGGGCGACCGCCUGGACACCGACAUCAUGUUCGGCAAGAACGGAGGGCUGGCCACCGCGCUGGUGCUGUCGGGCGUGACCACGCCCGAGGUGCUCAACAGCCCUGACAACAAGGUCCACCCCGACUUCGUGCUCAACAGCCUGCCCGACCUGUUGUCCGUCAAGGAGAAGGCCAUGGUGGCGGCGUGAGCUGCAUCGAGGCGGCGCAUUUGGGAGGGCGGUGCGUGAGGCGCGGGCAGCUAAGGGAGCCUGGUGAGUUUUGUCAGUAGGAGCGGUCUAGGACUCGAGGUGUGGUACUGCUUGUGUGAGGGUGGUGCUGUGCAAGUGCCGCGGAGAUAGCGUACCGGUUGUUGUGUGGCGGGGCCACGCCGCCACGGGUGUGUGCGGAGCCCAGGCAACCGCAGAGAGUUCCCAGGGUUGAGCCUUGGGUUGAGCUAGGGACUGGAAAGCUGCAACACGCAGGGUAGCCGUGAUGGACUGCCGCCGGAUCUUAUUUAUUCGCAGCAUGCAGUGAAGAGGUUGCACGGGCGGCUUCGUGCGUAAGGAGAGCGGGGAAGAGGCGCGCGUGGGAGGCGAAACACAGCGAGGCCGGGGUGUAUUUAUGGGGUGUGACAUCUUGCACAGGAAAGGGGCGGCGUAAAGGGAUGUGGUGCUCGCGUGAGCUCGAAGCUGCUCUUCGGAUGCAGAGUGUGUAUCGGGUGUCGGGUGUGCCUUGCCAGUGAAUACAUUAUGAAUCGGACGAAGGGCACGGGAUGGCCCUACAAGGAAGGUGGUUUAAGCGUGCAAAGGCCAUGGUAACUAGCUCAGUAAACGUAGUUGCUCAUCACAGCGCGCCAGUAGACU